CCAAUAAAAUCGACAUCCUGUUUGCAUACAUGCAGCUCGCAGAAGCCUCACGCUCAUCCAGCAAGUAUAAACCAAAAUACUACUGCAAGUUAGUGACAUAACAACUUUGUGAACAUGGGAGUUCAAGGACUGAGGCUCUUCAUUGAGAGCAGCAACAGAAAUGAUUUAAGAAGCUGGGCUUUUAGAGACAGUCGACUUAUAAUCGAUGGAUCUAACUUAUACUACACCCUGUACUUCGACUGCAAUUUGGAUCAGAUGCAUGGAGGAGACUAUGAUGCCUUUGAGGAGACGGUCAUACUGUUCUUUGAGAACCUCAGAGACUGUGACAUUCACCCUUACGUUGUACUUGAUGAUGGCGCUGACCACACUGACAAAAAAUGGGACACUGUUAAGAAACGAAAACAGGAGAAAAUAAAUGCAGCCUUUGCCUUGUCAGCAGGGAAAAGAGCCAAGGUACUUCCUAUUCUCAUCCAAACUGUCUUCACCCAGCUCCUUCAUAAGCUUGAGAUACCGAUAAUUCAGUGUCUUGGAGAGGCUGAUUGCGAAAUCGCUGCUUUGGCGAAAAGAUUUAAUUGUCCAGUUUUGUCUAAUGACAGUGACUUCUAUUUAUUCAACUUCACGGCAGGAUUCCUGCCAAUCACACAUUUCCUUUGGAAAAAUGUGGAAGUGAACAGACGCACAAACAGAAAAUUCAUCCAAGCCAAACACUUUACAGUGGGAAAAUUCUGUGAAUCCUUCAGAAUGAACCCAAAGCUUCUCCCAGUCCUUGCUACCAUCUUGGAUAAUGAUUAUGUGAAGCUGCACAACAUCAAAAGCCUGGGUUGGGAGAAAUACUCAAUGCCUGAGACGGAGCACACCCAGAUUCAUGGUAUGCUUAACUGGUUAUCCCAGUUCCCAGGGCCAGAUGAAGCUGUAAGUGCGUUGCUGGAACUAACAAGCAACGAAGAAAAAACCCUCAUCCAAGAAGAACUUUCCCAGAGAAUCAAAGAGUACAAGCUCAUCUCUGGCUAUCUUGCCCAGUUCUUCCAAUCAAAGACGAUUCCACAGACGGCUUCUACAGGUCCACUGCAUGUUCUGCCCGAAUGGACCUUGAGCCUCCUACUUGAGGGAAAGAUGAGCUCCUCCAUUAUCGAUGCACUGGUACAUCAGAGGGUUUCCUUGACAGUCCAGGUUGAAGAUUUCCAACUCCCCUGUAGCAGUGAAACCUCUCGUCCCAUACGCCAAGUGAUUUACGGGUUACUUUUAUUGGGAGAAGAAGACACUGCAGAUAAACUAGAGUUAGCCAUUAAACCCUUGACUGGCACAAGAAAGAAUUUUGUAGAGGAGUAUUGCAGACACCAGUUAAAACUAAGCAGUCAGAAAGUUGAAGCCAUAAAGACCAGUGUGACGGAAGGACUUCAACUGGAAACAUUAUGGAAGGAACCACACAACGUGCGACUUCAGGUGCUCCUGGAAACUUUGGGUGUGUCGUCGGAGAUUUUACGAGAGAUCCAACCUGAUCUACAGCUGCAACUUUUCGUGACACGUUACUGGCUAGUAAACGCACAGCCUCCGCCGUCUCAAGUGCAUCUUUGGGGGCUGCUCUUGGGAAUGGUGUUUGGCCAGUUCAGCAGUACCCCUAAAAAACAAAAAGACAUGCUGUUGAAUCUUAAGAAGCUACAAACUGGUCGAAAAAGGAUCUCUCUGGAUCAUGAAACAGCUCAUCUAUACAGCCAGUGGCAGUCCUGCCUGAAGUGGAGUCUCUGUCUCAAUCAUUUACUGUGUUGUCCCGUAUCUGAACCAGAGGUUGCACGUUUGUACCGUGGAAAACUGGUGCACCAGGUUGUCGAAGAGCUCAGGAGAGGAAUCACUCUGCACUCUCUGCUGGUUAGGGGCUCAAGCACCGAGCUGCUCUUCAAACAGCUGAAGGAGGCAAUUGUGAGCUUGGUGGGUAAAGACUUCAUCAAGAAAAUGAGAACCGGGCUCGAGCACAGAGCUGCUGGGAAAACAGAGAGAAACUACAAAGGCCAAAAUCCACCUGUAGAUGAACUGAACAGUUGCUUUGGACAUCUGGAGUGCAAGGAUAUUGAUGACUGUGAAGAUGACGAUGAUAUCAGUGGGAAGAGGAAGACUAAAUCCAGGGAUCAAAAGACUGAAAAUCCUGAGGUUUCCUGCACCAUCCGUACCAGACACAAAGCUAAAGAACGCAAUGCUGAUCAUCCCUCUAAAAAUCCAAGAAAAGAGGCUUUGAGUAUCCCUUAAAAGACAAGAAAAAGAAACAUGUUUGAAAACGAUUGCAAUUAUAAUGGAAAUUGCUUGAAGAAUUUUUUUUAAAUGAAUGUCAAAACACAACAAAAUCAUUAUAAAAUAUUUGUGUUAAGGUGUUGGACUUUGGGAAUUUGAUGAAUUGGACUAUUCUGCAAAGUAUUUUAAGUAAAAUUAGAUAUUAUUAAAAAUGAAAGGUGUAUUAAAGUUUAAAUAUUUCUCUGUUUUAAGCUUUAUUAUGUGUGUAAAUAACAGGUUUCUAUAACGCUGCAUAACGUAUUAAUAGCUGUACCUACAAUAGCCAGCAUUACCCAAAAGCAUACAUUAUACUCAAAAAAAUGUACGUGUAUUACAUUUAAAUUCUGUUUGCUGUUGUUUAUUGCUUGAUUUUUCAUAUCAUCAAAGUGUUAAAUGUAACAAUAAUGCAUGAAGCUAUUAUAAACAUUAAUGCCAUGAAUUUCAGUGACUGAAUGAAAUAAAAAUUGAACUUGAAAAUG